CCACCUAGGAAGUCCAGAUUCCCGCACAGGACUGUAAUGCGUUGCACCGUUUUGCCAUAGCCUUGCUUGCUAAUGACGUAGGCAACGGGACGUGUUUACAUCCUGAGCAUGGCACCUCCUAAACGUUAUCCGAAAUCGAACAGGCGUAAGGACGGCCUGAGGCUUGUAGCACGAGAGCAUGCAACGGUACUGCUCCGGAAGCCGGCUUCAUACUAUGACGACAGCUUAAAUGUCAACUGGGGCAGCCAAGACCAGUAUGAGGUCAUUCGCCAGCUCGGCAAGGGCAAAUAUGGCGAGGUCUAUGAGGGGAUUAACCUGCGGCUGGGCGCUCGGGACAAGGACCGUAUCUGCGUCAUCAAGGUAAUGCGGCCGGUCAAGGAGCACCGGCUGCGGCGUGAGGUCAAAAUUCUUCAACAUGUGUCUGGAGGCCCCAAUAUCGUGCGGUUGCUGGACGUCGUGCGGGACCCGGAGACUAAGACGCCCAGCUUUGUCUUCGACUUUGUUGACGCAAUGCCCUUCAAGGAGCUGCAAGCAGCCGUAACGGACCUAGACGUUCGUUACUACAUCUUCCAAUUGCUUAUAGCGCUAGAUUACUGCCACUCGCGGGGCAUUAUGCACCGAGACGUCAAGCCCGGCAACGUGCUCAUCGACCACACCAAGCGCGAGCUGAAGCUCAUCGACUGGGGCCUCGCGGACUUUUACCAGCCCGGCAAGGAGUACCCGGUGCGCGUGGCCACGCGGUUCUACAAGGGCCCCGAGCUCCUGGUGGACAUCAAGGACUACACCUACUCGCUGGACGUGUGGGGCGUGGGCUGCAUGAUGGCCGCGCUGGUGUUCAAGAAGCCCGUGUUCUUCCGCGGUGAGGACGAGUUCGACCAGCUGGUCAAGGUGGUGCGCGUGCUGGGCACGGAGGGGCUGGAGGCGUACUGCCAGAAGUACGGCGUGGAGCUGGACCCGCGGCUGGCGCAGCUCUGCGGCUUCAGGCCGCGUGUCCCCUGGCGCAAGUUCGUCAACGCGGACAACACGCACCUCACCUCCCCGGAGGCAUUUGACAUGCUGGACCGGCUGCUCAAGUACGACCACCACGAGCGGCUCACGUGCCAGGAGGCGCUGCAGCACCCGUACUUUGACCCUGUGCGGGAGGGCCUGCCGGGCUUCAAGCCGCUGCCGGAGCCCAUGGCUCAGAUGCUAGCGCAGAUGGAAGCCCGACGGCGGCAGCAGCAGCAGGAGCAGGGGGCGCAGGAAUCCGAGGAUGGGCCCAGCGAGGGAGGGCAGCGG